AUGCUGUCGACUCGUGAUUCUCGUGACGGAGGAGAACGAACUGCUUCGGGACCAUGUAUAUACGUGCUCGGCAGUGGGCUGGCUGGUCUCACUGCUGCUAUCAUUGCCGCAAGAGAGGGCUGCAGAGUAACAAUCUUGGAGAAAGAAUCUCGUUGUGGAGGCAACUCUGCCAAAGCUACCAGUGGAAUGAACGCUGCUCCUUCCCCUUAUACCACAGGCGACUCUACAGUAUUAUUUCUUCAGGAUUCACUUCAUUCUGGAGGUGGCGCUGAGAUUCCAGAACUCGUCGAUACUCUGGUCAAUGGUUCUUCACACGCUCUCGAGUUUUUGGAGUCAUUUGAUCUCAAGUUAUCAGUGGUUUCUCAAACAGGCGGCCAUUCUCGACCUAGGACGCAUCGUGAAGUGAAGGGAGCGGUUGGCUUUGAUAUCAUCAGUGCCUUGAAAAAACAUCUCGAUACUCUACCAAAUGUAACCUUUCUCGUCAGCACCACCGUCAAGCAACUAGUGUACGACACUAUGUCUGAUCGAGUGAUUGGGCUCGAAGCUAUUGACUCAACGGGGUGCAAAUCAUUAUAUCAUGCGAGUGCAGUAAUUUUGUGUACGGGUGGAUUUGCCCAUCCAAAUCCAUUAUUAGUGAAACUAAGACCAGAUCUUGCUCAUUUACCAACAACAAGUGGAAAAUGGGCUGACACCGUUGGAUUGGAGUACAUUCAAGUGCAUCCAACUGGAUUUGUUGAUCCGUCAGAUCGGCUAUCCAAAUCCAAAUUCUUGGCACCUGAAUCAUUACGAGGACAUGGUGGUAUCCUAAUAUCACCUCUUACAUCAAAACGGCUUGUGAAUGAACUCGAAACUCGAGACAAGGUCACAGAAGCCAUAUUCAAAGCAUGCCCAUCUGACCAACAGUCCGAAGCUCUCAUAUUCCUGAACCAAGCUGUAUGUGAUGAUGUUGGAGACUCGAUGAAGUUCUAUCUUUCAAAAGGAUUCUUCAAACGCUAUGAAGGACUCGAUGCCGUAGCUCAAGGUGAAAGUCUUGAUCUAGCUAGUCUGUUUCAAACCAUAAAAGAGUACAAUGAAGCUGUGUCUGGAGCGAAAGCAGACGUCUUUGGAAAGACAGUCUUCUCACAUCGUUUCGAGGAGUCAGAUAUAUAUUAUGUGGGGAGAAUCACUCCCGUGAUUCAUUAUACCAUGGGCGGGCUUGCAAUCGAUGGUGAAGCGAGAGUCCUCGCUCAAGGAAGGCCUGUUGAUGGGUUGUACGCAGCAGGAGAAGUUACAGGUGGUGUACAUGGAAAGAAUCGUCUUGCAGGGAAUUCUCUGCUUGAAUGUGUCGUGUACGGCAAGAUCGCUGGAAAGGCCGCAGCUGAAUAUGGAGAACUUGUAAAACGUGGCAAGUUAGUUUAUAAGUGA